UGUGUGUGUGUGUGUUUCACUGCUCGCAGUUUUUGUUCCGUCGUUCGGGGGGGAGGCGGGCGGCCCCAGGCCGACCAUCACCCCGCAGCCGCCUUCGACGCUCAAGGCGCCGGGGCCUGUGCUGUUAGCUCUUUAGGCGGCGCCGCUGCCCCUCGCGCGCGGGCUGCAGGGCCCCCCCCCCGUCUCACGGGUGGGGCCGUGCACGCCGUAAGCCGCCAUGGAGGAUGCGGAGCCGGAGAAGCAGGAGAGGGCCCUGUCGCUGCCCUCACUGCAGAACCUCAUGAAGCGGGAUCCGGAGGCCUACAGCCUGGAGUUUGACCAGCAGUGGUCCCACUUCACCAGCAUGAUGGAGCUCUGGAAGCUGAAGCCGCAGAAGCCGCACAGCGCGUUCAGCGAGCAGGUGAUGUUUCUGGCGCACGUGGCGCCCAGCUUCCCCGCCAAGGCGGCCGCCCUGCCUGGCGUGCUGAUCGACUCCCUCGGCGAGCACGCCGAGGUGAUGCACCCGCAGAUGAGGCAGACGCUGGUGCAAGCCCUGGUCUUGCUCCGCAACCGCAACCAGUUUCCGUGCAUGCGAACACUACCUGUGUAUUUCAAGCUGUUUCGCGUGCAGGACAAGUCGUUGCGGCACAUGAUCUUUGCCCACAUUGUGAAGGACAUGGUCGCGUCGUGCAAGCAGUCGCGCAACCAGAAGACGAGCUCGGAACUCCGAGACUUCUUCUACGGCCAGCUGAAGGAGUCCGACGUGGAGGUGGCGCGGCGUGCCUGCGCCGUCUUCAUCUCGCUCUACAGGCAGAACGUCUGGAGGGACACGGUCGUCGUGAACUUGAUGAGCUCCGGCCUGCUGCAUCCCGACGUGAAGUGUGCAGCGGCUCUGGCCCACCUCUUCCUGGGCAACAGGACGAAAGGCCUGGAGGGCAUCCUGGAGGAGAGCGACGACGAGGACGAGGCCGACGUCGCCGAGGCGGCGGUCCGAGGCAUCGUCGGCGCGAAGAAGACCGGGAACAGGGCCGCCCCCCGCCCCGACUCAGGUCUCAUGUUCAUGAGUGGUUGCAAGUGCUUCCUGUCGUUACGGCGAGCAACCGCUGGAAUGGUGAGGGUGUCGUAG